CAGUAGCCAGCUGGUGAAGACCAGCUAAAAUAAAUGUUUCCAAAUAAAACCUGAACACCUUUCUAAAACUAAUUCAAAUUUGACAAUAAUAGAAAAAAAACGUAAUAAAUGAACCUCUUUUCGAUUUUGUGAUUGUAUAAGUGAAAAAUAUUGUAUUUGUAAGCAUUUAGCGAUUUAUUUUUUUAUAGUGAAAAUGCCUGGUGCCAGGCACAAGAUCUUGGGCCAUGUGCUUUCAGGGUUUUGUCAUAAAAUGAAUCGAAGAAAACCAAUUUAUGGAGAUUCGUUAGAUACCCCGCUGAACAGAUGUCUCAGCACUAUUGAUAUUACGCUAUUGGGUGUGGGGCAUAUGGUAGGAGCAGGAAUAUAUGUUUUAACGGGCACAGUUGCUCGGCAUAUGGCAGGGCCGGCUACGGCAUUAAGCUUUCUUCUCGCUGGUAUUACUUCUACUCUGGCUGCUCUGUGCUAUGCUGAAUUUGGGACAAGAAUUCCGAGGGCUGGUAGUGCAUAUGCCUACACUUAUGUCAGCAUUGGUGAAUUUUGGGCCUUUAUUAUUGGUUGGAAUAUAAUUCUAGAGUACAUGAUUGGUGCCGCUUCAGUAGCACGAGCCUGGUCGGGCUAUCUGGACGCUCUGUUGGAUGGAGCAAUAAGUAAUGCAACAAUAUCAGUGACCGGUGAAAUGCAUGAAACACUGUUGAGCAGAUAUCCAGAUAUUUUAGCUUUCGUAAUUUGUAUAGUCGCAUCAUUGACAUUAGCAGUUGGUGUUAAAACCUCAGCUUACAUUAAUAACGGUCUCACAAUUUUAAAUCUUCUGGUUAUAUCUCUUGUGAUUUUUCUUGGAUUUUAUUACGCUGAUAUUAGUAACUGGUCUGUUAAACAUGGUGGAUUUAUGCCUUUUGGCCUUGGAGGCGUUUUAACUGGAGCUGCAACAUGUUUCUAUGCGUUUGUGGGAUUCGAUAGUAUAUCAGCAUCUAGUGAAGAAGCUAAAGAUCCAUCACGAUCUAUUCCGACAGCAACAAUUCUUUCAAUGGCUGUAGUGGGUAUCGGGUACAUUCUUGUAGCGCUUGCUCUAACUUUGAUGGUACCAUAUACGAGUAUUAAUCCCGAGGCUGCAUUGCCGGCGGCUUUAGGUGCUGUGCAUGCGGAUUGGGCCAAGUAUGCCGUCGCAGUUGGCGCAGUGUGUGGAAUGACCACAACACUAUUAGGAUCACUAUUCUCACUGCCGAGAUGCCUCUAUGCAAUGUCUGCUGAUGGUUUGUUGUUUGGUUUCCUGAGCAAUAUUAACAACAAAGCUCAAAUACCGAUCUCAAAUCUCAUUAUAUCUGGACUGUCUUCAGCGUUUAUAGCAUUAUUAUUUGACUUAGAAAAGCUUGUUGAGUUCAUGUCAAUUGGAACAUUAUUGGCAUACACUAUAGUAAGCGCUGCAGUGAUAAUACUGCGCUAUCGGCCAACCCCUGUAUCAGAAGAAAAAGACUUUGGGAUUCCACAAUUAGACUCCCCCGGAGAUCGCGAAGACAGCUCGCCUACAGGAACUCCCGGAACAGAUGUGGAAUCUUCAUCAUCAGAAAUGUUCGAGAGUUUGACGGUGGGUAGAUUGAGACCGCAUUACGCGUGGCUCGAGCCUCUAGUCGGAGGAAGGGCUCCGGGUAGCGCUGUCUCCACUUGCGUUUACAUCUUCACAGUGGCAGCGGCAGCUCUUAGCGCACACAAUCUUUUAUCCAAAUCAACUUCAAUUUGGAUGAUUGUCCCGGACAUAGUGCUCAGCUUAAUCGUAGUGGCCUGUUUGUUUAUAAUCUGGGCUCACCAACAAAGCCCAACUCGUUUGCCCUUCCGAGUUCCGUACGUGCCGCUGUUGCCAGCCGCCAGUGUCAUGCUCAAUGUGGAAUUGAUGGUCAACCUCAACAGACUUACUUGGGCGCGGUUUGCUAUCUGGAUGACAUUUGGACUAUUGCUGUACUUCCUGUAUGGAAUACAUCACAGCAAAUUAGGAGAAGGCGUGGCCGGUCUUCUGUCUCGUUCUGGCAGUGGUGGCCGCAGUGGGUGGGGAGCUGUGGACAAUACCAGCGCGGUGGGAGGGAUGGGGGGCCGAGUGGGCCGCUUCGUUCGCGGCCGCGGCAGGAGCGACGACCGCAAGCCGAUCAUCUGUGAAGAUGAGCUAGCACGCCGGGAACCCUGAUUUUAAAGUUAUUUUUUAUUACUUAUUACACGGACUAGUAAAAUAGGACUCCGCGCCGUGAUAUUAGCAAGUGAAGCACCUUUAUGCUAGUGUGUGUGCGGUUACGGGGUAUACUAGUUACACAAUUUUUUUUCCCUUAAAUAAUCAUAUAUCCACAAAUACUUUUAUAUUAUUGUUUUUACAGUUUUUCACAGCUCACGACGCCAUUUUUAAAAUAUUUUAUUGCGACGCAAACUGAUCUGUCACAGACGAUGGCAAAUCUCAUAAUGGCGGCCGAUCGGCUUGUAUUAGUGUAAGUGCAUGCGUGGGGCUUUGUAUUUACACGUUUACCGGCUUGUUUUGGUGCCUCACUGCUAUAUAAGGUGACACGGAGUCCUUAUUUUUUUACUCGUCCGUGACUUAUGAAUGUUUUUUAUUGGUUUUUUACGUCUGAAUUACAUUUUUCGCUUUAUUGUUAAACUGUACUUAUCUAUAAACCUCUUAUACUAAGAAGGUUAAUUAUUACUAAGUACUUAUUUUACAAAGCCCAAACAUGGCAUGAUAAAUUAUGCGUACAAAGUAGAUAGAUAUUUAUAUGUCUUGUUUUUAAAACAGAUAUUUAUUAUUCGCAAAGGUUUUUGUAAAAAAAUUGAAUGUAAAGAAGUUAGCCUACAGAAUGUAAGCUUUGUUUAAUGUUUAUGUGUUAUUUACAAAAAAGUUAAACAUGUGUUGAGCACUUGUUUUAAAAAAGUUCUAUUACAAGUCUGUGCCUUUUUGUUAUUUAACGUUAAACAAUCUUUAGAUACUGCUUAUAUUUAAACACUAGUCGAAGCUUUUCUAAUGGAUAGGUUGCGUUCCGUUCUUUUUAAAAGUUCCUGAACACGUUUUAUGUCGUGCUCAACGACACUUUAUUUAAACACUGUUUUGUAAUGGAAAAAGAUAAACUCCAUCUUAGAUGUCGUUUAAAAAGUUGGACACUGUUUAACAAAACACGGAUUUAAGCCGUUUAAUUGUGCAUCAACUGUUUCUGGUCAAAUGCCUUCCCAGUAGAUUGUUAUCAAACAUCCUAAUUGAUCAAACACUAGAUAAUUUAAAUUAUUAGGUACGCCAGUUCAACACGUCUAUAGUAUACGACUAAGGAGGUAGGUACUUCUAGUUGCUACUUACUGUUUAUUUAUUCUUAUGAAACAAUACUGAAUUAAUUUAUCUUAUUGGCUGAAUGCGCAUACUGUGCAGUGCUAAAGAAAAAAAAUAUGGUGUUCAUUUCUUUAUUUCUAUAAACACACACAACAAUUCUCGUCUCAUAACAUUAUGUAGGUAAUAGGUAUCUUAGUUUUUAACGCACAUAAAUAUUUAAAAUCUAGGAAUGUACCUUAAAUAAAAAUGUGUCGCCGUCAAUGUUUAUAAUUCAUUUGUUACACUUUUUUUAUUAAAACAAGUAAAUAUAAUUACAAUGUUAUAAGAAUAUGUACAUGUGGGGAUAGAUUAACAAUUAUUCCUUAAUAACAACUGAAUCUUUGAAGGUUUAAAUACAAAUUUGAUUUCUAUCUAAAUGUAUAGACGAGUCGGGAUUCGAACGCGCGUUACGUUUACGUUUCCAACGCUUUAACCACUAUGCCAUAUGUGAAUGCCGCGUGGUCCAUCAAUCUCGGUCUCACUAAGGCCCGGUCUCCACCGAAGCAGAGAGGAGAGGAGAGCAGUUAAGCCGCGAAGCUGUCAGGUUAUUACCACCAAAGCGGAGAGAUGUGAGCUGUGAGAGCUCGAAAUUAGUCAAGUGAUGUAUUCGAAAGGAAGACGUUAUCACGCUCGCCUACACACUCAUCUCCGCUCUGCCGCGCCGCUUCAUCGCGGCACAAAAUUCUAUAAAAAAAAGGGUGUACUUAUGUAUGCACGUAAAAAGUUAUACUUCUUUGGCCUAACAAAGCAAAAAUCCUUUAAAUUAUUGAUUCCUCGUACUAUUCUACGUUAGUAAAAGAACAAUAUUGUAUAAAUCUUGCAACGAUGGCUUUGACAAUUAAUAAUUAAAAAACGAAUACGGCUGUACGGGCUUGAACCCUUUGCCUAUCCUUAUAAUAAAAGAAGAAACAAAAAAAAACGAAUGUCGCAAACGUCAGAAAAUCUCCUCUCCACUCCGCUUGAUUCAUUUCCACCGAAGCUAAGCGGAGAGGAGAUUUACAAAUAGCGAAAUCUGAUUGUUUAUCAAAAUACAUCUCCUCUCCUCACCGCUUUGGUGGAUACUGGACCUUAUUCCAUUUACUUCAGCGGUUGAUUCGUUGGAGGCAUCAUCUCCUUUGUGCCGGUUGUAAUCCUACUUCGUCCAUAAAUUUUAGUGUAAACUAAAUUAAUUGUAACAUGUAUAUUAAAUGUAUAUUCAAUUCGAGGAGUGAGCGAGAUCACUUAAAGAAAUAACAUAUUGUUUACUGUGUGUUGCGCACGUGUAGUUUGAGCGCUUUGGUUGGUUUGAAUAUUUUAUUUUUAUAUGAUAAAGUACACUUGAGGCAUUAUUAACCCCGCGUGAUGAACUCUAUUUCAACAGAAUGUCAUUAUUAUAAUAUUUCUGUACAUUAUUUAAUGGCCGGGAGCGGAUCAAUAUCAAGCCGAACGUUGCAACUGUCAUCGCUACCGUCCGGCACAUCGGCCACGCUUACUACUUCGUAGCACAAACAAAGAUUGCCACAGACAAGCGAUCAUCAUAUUACGAGACGCUCGCAAUGUUUAUAAGCUCGCGGCGAUGAGACGAUAUUAUACAAAUAAUUAUAGCCAGCUAAGGUCAUUUAUACGUCUAGAUAGAAUAUGAUAGUUUUGUAAAACGUGACGAAAAAAAUAGACUUCAGAACUAACCUCUAUUUUGAGCAAUUCACGCACUCUAAAGUAUUAAACCUGGCCUGUUUACAUCGGUUGUCUAACACCAAGAGACUCUAUCUAGACGUAUAAGUUAUCUAAGAUAGUAAGUGUAACCAUGUCAUCAAAUAACAACAUCAAAAGAACCGCAAAUAAUUAAGAUGAAAACUGAAUGCAAUGAAAGUUUAUUGAUAACAAACCACCACCACGCCAUGAAAUAACAGAACAGAAUAGAGAGUGAAAGCCUUAAACAUAAUUAAUUACAUUGUGACAAAAUAAUUAGGUGUGUAUCACUGUCGCUAGAUGUCGCUAGCAGUAAAAUAGGCACACGCUAGUGUAGCGCUGGCUGUCACUUGUCAGUAGCCCGACAAUGGACUCCUGUAGCGGCGCAGCUGAUAGUCAUAUAUUAAUUCAAAGAUAUAUUUCUUAGAUCAUUUUAUACGUCUAGACACACUACUACAACUGUGAAAACGUCGAAAAAAAAAUUGAGUGUAGAACUAACCUCUUUUUGAGCAAUUCACGCUCACUAACACAAAGUGCUAUAUCGACCUAUACUUCAAUCAGCUAAAUAAUAAUCCUACUAAUAUUAUAAAUGUGAAAGUUUGUAUGUCUGGAUGUAUGUUUGUACCUCUAUAACGCAAAAACUACUGAAUGGAUUUUGAUGAAACUUUAUAAUAAUAUAGCUUACACGCCAGAAUAACUAAUAGGCUAUAAUUUAUAAAACUAUAGUGUGAAUUAUCCAAAAUAUAAAAUAAGUGUGAAGUGAGUAUAAAAUAAAUCUGCAAUUUAUAUGGCAAUAUAACGUUUGCCGGGUCAGCUAGUAAAAAAUAUAUCUACCGUGACAUGAGCUGAAUCGUUGAUAUCCAGUCGACAGAGUCAUUUUAUAAGAAAACACAAAGUGACAUACAAAUCGCGAGUGUAAGACAUAGCUUGUCACGCAUACUAAACUAAUAUUCCUGGCCUGCUCCUUAGGUUGUCUAACAGCAAGAGACUAUCUAGACUUAUAAAUGAUCUAAGAUAUAUUUAUAUAAUUUAGUUGACAACUUCAAUAACAUCAAUCUUGUUUUUGAACACACCCGGUCGUAACGCGGAUGUUAUUCCACCACUUAAUAACCACGCAACAUAACGCACUCGCAACACGUGGUCUAUGACGUCCCGAAGUAUUCUUAAUGUUAAUAAUACUAACAAAAUACUUAUUAUGUAGCAUUCAUCAACAAAAUAACAUGUAACGCUUAAAUUAUUUAUAAAUUAUUAUGAGAAAUAUUUUAAAUAUUUGAUAAAAUUUUUCGCCUUAUGGUUAAUUAUUAUAUCUAUUCGCAAAUCUGUUGAAAAAUGUCGUGAAUUGAGUGUACAUUGAUCAUGUCACUUUUGUCUCCAUUCUCCUUCUAAGUCAUCUAGCGAAACUCUAAGGAAAAGCGAUUCACUCGAUUGUAUGAAACGUGCAGUGACUGAUAGGUUGACAGAUGACGGUUAUAAUCUUGUAAAAAAUGGCGAUAGCCGAAAUCCAUUACAUUUUACGGCCGUUUUCAAUAACCUAUCUAUCAUUAGUUUAACUUACUAGAGGUAGACAAAUAUAUCCUUUUACGCUUACUUACAUUUCAAUAACCUAUCGACAUAAAGCAUUGGACUAUAACUAUGGAUAGUUAUGAUCUUGUCAUACUUGUCAUCAAACGGUGACAGCAAUAUAUGUAACUAGAGAUACGUUAUUGAAAACGGCAGUUAAGCAACUGAUCGCUUUCAAAUUUAGCCGGAUUAUACUUCGUCGCCAAUCGCCGUACUGUAAUAACUUCUAUUUCAAACUUAUUUCAGAUCACUGCACGUUUCAUACUAGACUAAAUUUCAAUUUUUACUUAGGCUAGGGUUACUAUAGAUACGAGUUCUGACGGAUUCGUCAGAAGAAACCAUCGCCUGGUAUCAUCGAAUUUCUCAGUCUCGUGUACGAGAACAGGUGUUUGUGGGAUAUGAGAGACAAAAAAUAUCACAACAGAGAUAUUUCUCGGCAAAAGUGGGAGAAAGUUGCUACAGAACAACACUAGCAAGAAGUACAAUUUUUUAUUUUGAUAUGGGGUUUACAUUAAUUAGGUACAUGAGCAACAAGAAUUAAUGUUUACAUUUUAUCUAUCAAGAACAUGACUUGUAGAGCUAUAGAUUAUUACAGUAGGCUGUAUUGAAACGGAAUUUCACCUGCUGGACUAACAAAAUAAUUUUUCAAGGUUUCUCUAGUCUCAUUCGCACUUCUUCCGUAGUGAUUAUAUCUCCGUGAAACUGGCACAUUCUGUAGGGACUCAAAGUCCACCGCGGGAAUAUCAACGGAAGUAAGACCUACUUUAUCGAUGUCAAAUCAAAUUCAUCAAAUUCGUCCAUCUUCGCUGGACGGCAGAAACGAACUGACUAUCAGAAUAACAGAAACCGCGCACAGUGUAAACGCCUUGUUCUGACGAGGAUUUCGGACGAACUCGUCAGAACAAAUUUUCGUCAGAACUCGCAUCCAUAGUAACCCUAGCCUUAGGCAGUACCGCCUCUUGUUACGUAGCAUCCUCUUUGCACUCAGUUGCGGAGUACAAAAUCGCAUGAUUUAUUAUAAGUGUGUAUUAUUAGAUAAAACAACGUUCUUAGUUCGGUCCAUCCCAUAUUUUUAGCAACACUUUUUAAGUUGUUGGAAUGUUCAAUAUUAAUUAAGCAAACAUUAUUAAUCGUUCUAUUAAAUGUAAUUAUUCUAGAAAUAUAUUAUGUAGCACGUUUAAGCAUAAAUGUUGAUGUGUAAAUAAAGAAAAUAAGUUACUUAA